AUGAACACCAGCCAAGAAGAUAGCCACGAGGCUGGUCCUGAUGCUGAUGGCUAUCGUGUUCAUAAUAAUGGUGAUGGGGAGGAGGAUAGUAGUGAUGACGGAGAUGGAGAUGAAGAUGAUGACGAGGACAAGGUGAGAUGGAAAAGUCCUCAGCUAGGAAAUGGGUGA